GAGCCAUCUACAUUGACAGCGUUUCCCUAAUCUGAUUCGAAUACCUUGGGGAGCUGGGCUGCUCGGUUUUUUCUUUUUUCUUAUUUCUUUCUAUUUAUAAUACACAUUACAGUAUUAUCCGUCCAAAUGGCCGAAGACAUGGAAAUGGUAAAACCGCUGUGCGGUGGCGGAAAAGAAGCGGGUGAAUACGAUGUUGGCCUACAUGCUGUCGGCUUAUUUCUGGUAUUGGGAGCCUCAAUUUUCGGGGCUGGUUUUCCUGUUGCCGCGAAGAAGCUGAAGUGGCUCAAGGUACCUGAGAAGGUUUUCUUUGCUUGCAAACACUUUGGUACUGGCGUGCUGAUUGCGACCGCCUUCGUUCAUCUGCUUCCUACUGCUUUUGGCAGUCUUUCUGAUCCAUGCCUUCCGGACCUCUUCACCAAGGACUAUCCUCCUAUACCCGGGGCCAUCAUGAUGGCGUCUCUGUUCUCUUUGUUCGUUAUUGAACUAUGGCUUAACAGCAAAAUGGGCGGUCAUUCUCAUGGCGGUGCAAAAGGCUUCGAGGUCAGCAUGACUCCAGAGCAGAUGGCUAGAAUGGCAGGUAUCAAGCAACAACAGGCCGGCGCACCCCCGCGGCCCGCUCGCCCAGCAAGUGUAGAGUCGUACGAUACUAUCGCUUUUGAAAAGAAGCUAGCUCGAGCGAGAGAAGCUGAAGUAUCCGAUAACCCAAAAGCAAAUCCUUUUGAUGACAUGGACCAGAUGGAUGCCGCGCCUUCUACGAUGCCACCAUGGUUCGUCGUAUUUUACGAGCAGUAUGUUCGCCAACGUAUGGAGAUGUUGUCCUUGAUAAGGCAGUCUGGGCUUCCAGCUCCUAAGCAAGAGUCCAUCGUGAUUGCGGAGCCAAUGUUUGAUGUCGAAGGCCAGAGCGUUGACCCUUUGGUAUACAAGAAAAUGUCCAUGAAUAUCACACUUCUGGAAGGUGGUAUCUUGUUCCACUCUGUCUUCGUUGGUAUGACAGUCUCAAUUACUGUUGAGGGUUUCGUCAUCCUCCUUGUCGCCAUUCUCUUCCAUCAAAUGUUCGAAGGUCUCGGUCUCGGUUCACGUAUCGCUGCUGUUCCUUAUCCCAAAGGCAGUAUCAAGCCAUGGUUACUUGUUGUUGCCUUUGGUACAACGGCACCCAUUGGACAAGCUAUCGGUCUUCUUGCUCGCAAUAGCUACGAUCCGAACAGUGCAUUCGGUUUGAUAAUUGUUGGUGUUUUUAAUGCCAUCUCUUCCGGUCUUUUGAUUUACGCCGCUACGGUUGAUUUGCUUGCGGAGGAUUUCCUUUCGGAAGAAGCACAGCACACACUAACUAAGAAAGACAAGAUCACUGCUUUCAGCUGGGUCCUGGUUGGAGCCGCUGGUAUGUCUAUUGUUGGCGCAUUCGCCUAACAAAUUGAAAGGUCUGACUCGAUUUACCCCUGGGCGGAAUCCAGCGACAAACAACAAGAUUCCAAUCGGGACGUUGUAACAAUCACACGAGCUUUUUACCACUGGACUCAUGAUGAUUGAUUACUAUAGACUGGCAAUUAAACCGCUCACGAACAACUCAACCUUCCCAACCUUCUACUAGUCUACACCAUUCCGCAUCGGCUUACAC